CUCCCAAAACACGUCAUUCCCAAAAAUCCAGACGUCAUAAUUCCAGAUUAUCCCUACGGCCCCUCGCGAUUGUUCAAGCAGUCGAACAAGGGGCUGUAUGGCGGUUCAAGAAUCCAGUUCGGAAACAACGUCUCGCGCAAGAGUGAGACUAAGACUCGGAGACACUGGAAACCAAACGUCUUGAGCAAAAGCCUAUAUUCGGUAACACUGGACAAGAAGAUAAAGUUGCGAGUGACAGCUAGGGUCUUGAAGACGAUUGAUCGCGAGGGAGGCCUGGACGCAUAUUUACUUAAGGAAAGCGAGAGUCGGGUCAAAGAGCUAGGGCCUCUUGGAUGGUCGCUGAGGUGCGUGCUUCUACAAAAGCCGCUCGUGAUUCAGCAGAUGAGAGCGAAGGCGCAAGCCUUGGGGCUCCCC